UAUUUGACUGUUCAUUGCACAAAAUACAAACUACAAAGUACAAUGUUUCAAGCUAAAAUAUUGUUCAGAAUAACCGAACUAGCCUGCUGUCCCUCACUAAGAAUGUUAAGUUCAAAGUCUUUUCCAAAGAUUUACACAAAAACUGGUGAUAAAGGAACAUCUUCAACUUACACAGGAGAGAGAAGAUCAAAGGAUGAUAUCAUAUUUGAAGCAUUAGGAUCAACUGAUGAACUAAAUUCUGCUAUUGGUGUAGCAGCAGAAUUUUGCAAGGAUGACGGUCUCAUCAGUCAAUUAGAACAGGUUCAGUGUGUCCUCCAGGAUAUAGGAUCCUGUGUAGCCACUCCAAACUCCUCUGCAAGGGAGGUUCAUUUAAAAAACACACAAUUUAAUGCUACAUUCACAACAGAAUUAGAAAAAUGGAUUGAUCAAUACACAGAAGAGUUACCUCCCUUGAAGAAUUUUAUCUUGCCAUCAGGGGGCCUUUGUUCAGCUCAUCUCCAUGUUGCUAGGUCAAUUUGCAGAAGAGCAGAGAGAAGGGUUGUUCCAAUGGUGAAAGCAAAUGAAGUUUCUCAAGAACCCUUGAAAUAUUUAAAUAGACUGAGUGAUUUUUUAUUUACUGCUGCAAGAUUUGCAGCAAUGAAGGAAGGAAAAAAGGAAAAGAUAUACCACAGACCCAAACAACAAAAUGAUGACAAUGAUUCUACUAAAUAGUUCUGUAUAAUGUGAUAUUUUGUAUGGUAUGUUUUUGUAAGUUAUAAAUGAUAAAUUACAGUCUUUA